AUGUUAACCAGAUGUGGAAGUCCCGCAGUUUUUGAUCGCUGGGAGUCUUUAGGAUGUACAGGUUGGUCUUAUAAAGACGUGCUGCCAUUCUUUAAAAAUUUCGAAGACUUUCACAAAACCCGAUCGAAUACGGUUGUCAAUUGGGAGUAUCAUGGAAGUGGAGGAAUGGAUUACGUUAGAUUUAGUCCGUUGAAUAAUUCCAGAAUUACCCCAUUUUAUGAGGGUUUAAAAGAACUUGGUUAUAAUCAAACAGAUUACAAUAGCCCCCAUCAAGUUGGUGCCGGACCGAUCCAGUUUAGUAUGAAGGAUGGAAAAAGAUAUGAUUCAUAUACAGACGUUAUAAAACCAAUGCUAUACAAAUCUAAUUUAGUCGUACAAGGAAAUAGUUAUUUCAGUUAUAAUAACAAAAACUAUUUUGCUGAAGCGAAACAAGAAGUAAUUAUAUCAGCUGGUGCGAUUCAGUCACCUCAGUUACUUAUGUUAUCUGAUGUUGGACCAGCAGCUCAUCUAAAAGAAAUGAAUAUUGAUAUAAUUAAAGAUUUACCAGUAGGUAGCAAUUUAAGAGAUCAUCCUCUACUGAAUAUCAUUAUAACUCAUAAUAAAACGAAUGGUAAAAGGAACGCGUUUUCGUUUUACGGUAAUAAUGAAUACCCAGAAUCUGUAGGAACAAUUAGACUUAAAAGCAACGAUCCCUACGUGUAUCCUUUAAUCGAUCCCAAUAUAUUGGAUAAACCGAAUGAUGUAAAGCGCAUGUUAUUAAUAAUUUCCACUCUUGUAAGAUUAACACAGACCGAAGCUUUCAAGAAAAUCGAUGAUCAACUCGUGCCGGUAGACAUUGAAGAGUGCAGCAAGCUCGAAGCUAAUUCCGAGAAACAAUAG